AUGCACGGACACAGCCGAAACGGGCAGGCCCACGUGCCCCGGCGGAAACGCCGCAACCGCUUCGUCAAGAAGAACGGCCAGUGCAACGUCUACUUUGCCAACCUGAGCAACAAGUCCCAGCGUUACAUGGCGGACAUCUUCACCACCUGUGUGGACACACGCUGGCGCUACAUGCUCAUGAUCUUUUCUGCGGCCUUCCUCGUCUCCUGGCUCUUUUUUGGCCUCCUUUUCUGGUGCAUUGCCUUCUUCCACGGUGACCUGGAGGCCAGCCCCUCGGUGCCUGCUGCAGGAGGCCCGGGGGGCAAUGGUGGGGCAGCCCCGACGGCCCCCAAACCCUGCAUCAUGCAUGUAAACGGCUUUUUGGGAGCCUUCCUGUUCUCAGUGGAGACACAGACAACCAUCGGCUAUGGGUUCCGGUGUGUGACAGAGGAAUGCCCGUUGGCCGUCAUUGCGGUGGUGGUCCAGUCCAUCGUGGGCUGUGUCAUCGACUCCUUCAUGAUUGGCACUAUCAUGGCCAAGAUGGCACGGCCCAAGAAGAGGGCCCAGACGCUGCUGUUCAGCCACCAUGCGGUCAUCUCAGUGCGUGAUGGCAAGCUCUGCCUGAUGUGGCGUGUGGGCAACCUGCGCAAGAGCCACAUUGUGGAGGCCCAUGUCCGAGCUCAGCUCAUCAAGCCCUACAUGACCCAAGAGGGCGAGUACCUGCCGCUGGACCAGCGGGACCUCAACGUGGGCUAUGACAUCGGCCUGGACCGCAUCUUCUUGGUGUCACCCAUCAUCAUCGUGCAUGAGAUUGAUGAGGACAGUCCACUCUACGGCAUGGGCAAGGAGGAACUGGAGUCGGAGGACUUCGAGAUCGUGGUUAUCCUGGAGGGCAUGGUGGAGGCCACAGCUAUGACCACGCAGGCCCGCAGUUCCUACCUGGCCAGUGAGAUCCUGUGGGGUCACCGGUUCGAGCCCGUGGUCUUUGAGGAGAAGAGUCACUACAAGGUGGACUACUCACGAUUCCACAAGACCUACGAGGUGGCUGGCACGCCCUGCUGCUCUGCCCGCGAGCUGCAGGAGAGCAAGAUUACGGUGCUGCCCGCCCCACCGCCCCCUCCCAGUGCCUUCUGCUAUGAAAACGAGCUGGCCCUCAUGAGCCAAGAGGAAGAGGAGAUGGAAGAGGAAGCUGCUGCUGCAGCCGCCGUGGCUGCAGGCCUGGGCCUGGAGGCGGGUUCCAAAGAGGAGGCAGGUAUCAUUCGGAUGCUUGAGUUUGGUAGCCAUCUGGAUCUGGAGCGCAUGCAAGCCACCCUCCCGCUGGACAAUAUUUCAUACCGCAGGGAGUCUGCCAUCUGA